AUGCGCACCAACGUCCUCUUUUUCGCCGCCGUACUAGCCUCGACAGCCCAGGCUGCAGUCAUUGCACCCGAAGCUCGAGACCACACUCUCGUCGCUCGUGAUGCCUGCUCCAACGGUGUCAAGAUCCGAGGAAGCGGCUCGAUCUCCUGCUCUGGCCGUCAAUGCCGAGCAUGCAGCGGUGGAAAAUGCUGCAACGUGACCGCGCCCAAUAGUAGCUCGUGCAACUCGGCUACUCCGUAUCUCAAUAUCGACACCUGCACCUUCGAAGGUAGCUCAGGCGGCGGUGGCGGCUCUCCCACAACCACUUUUAAAACAACUGCGCCAGCCACUACAUCCAAAGCAGGCGCAACCGCUCAACCCCAGCCCACUCGAGCGCCAUCCAAGACUUUUGGGGACUUUUUGAGAUCGUACUUUGGCGGACGGUAUUAG